AUGUCUUCAGCAACUUCAACAGCCUCAUCACAACCCAAGAAGCCCAAGGGGAUCUUAAAGAAACCCACAACAACAACAACAACAACCAAUACCUCAUCCCCUUCCACAGCCAUAGCUCCCAUCUCCCCCUUCCCAAUCGAAGAACACAAACCAGCCGCCUCCAAACCCGACGUACGCCAAACGGCCAUCCAACAAGCGCGCAUAAUCCAGCAGCAGCAAGUAUUCGAAGACGAAAUCCAGGACACCAUCAUCGAGCUAUCGAAGCUUCCCCUAGCCUCCUCGUCUACAUACGACGCCUCGAAUCCCUCCCCUUCCGACGCCGAUGCCUUCCGCCAGUUAGUCCGGCUCUUCCAGCCGGGCGACUACGAGGACCUGAUCGAAGAGCGCAACACGCUCAAGAAAUGCGGGUACGCGCUGUGCCCGCGACCGCGCGUGCGUCUUGGCCCGGGCGGCGAGUAUAAGCUGGUGAGCUGGGGGCGGGGGGACUUUGGCAUCGUGCCACGAAAGGAGUUGGAGCGGUGGUGUUCGAGGGAAUGCGCUCGCCGCGCCAUGUACGUCAAGGUGCAGCUUGGUGAGACCGCGGCUUGGGAACGAGCGGGCAUUUCAUCUAUCCGGAUCGAUUUGUUGGACGAGCCGAAGCAGGCCGAUGAAGAAGAAGACGAUGCGACUCGACGACUAGAGAGGGAGUUACAGAGCGUGGAAAGGAAGGCUGCCCAGGAUGCUAAGGAUCUGGCGCUCGAACGAGGUGAUGCGGUGGACAAGCCGUCUACGAGAAAGGUUAAGCUUACGAUUAGGGAGAAAUCCGUUAGGAUGGCUCCGCAAGAGCCCACGCUGGAUAAGGAUGGCGAGAGCCAUUUAGUACUGGACGGUUACAAACCAAAAUUCAACCAAGAGCUAGAACAAAAAGGCGAAGACGAAGAUGUGAAAGAGGAUGAUUCUGAAAAGCCGACAUCAGAAUGA